GGCAGGGGCCGGCUAUGAAGGAGGAUCCCACCGGUCGCGGUGCUCCCACCCCCGCCCAGGCGGAGUACGGCGCCCGCAACCCCGAGCUGUUCGGCCGGCCGGGUGUGACUGCGGUGAUGCCGGCAGCCAACAUCUCCUCCACACUCGCAUCAGACAUGCCCGUGCUCACCAACCCGGGUGCGGCGGUUGAGGCGGUUGACAACGGCGAGACGGUGGUUGCGGACCGCAACAGCUCCGACACCAAGAUGUACGUGCCGCAUGUGGACCAGCUGUCGGAGCGGCUGGGUCGUGCCGAGCUGGCCCCCGCCGGCACCACUGUGGUUCGCGGCAGCCGAGACAAGGUGGUGGAGAAGGAGUACGGCGGGGGCGGGGGGGCGAGGGGGGACGCGGAGCCCGCGGCCGACCAAUACACACGCAAGACUGUUGACUACGUGGAGGAGAAGGUGGGUAUGGCCACCCGGCCGCUGGAGGCGCGCGACUUCUACGCCACCUGCGAGACGCCCUCCGAGCCCUUCUCCACCCUCAAGCAGCAAAACAACACCGACGGCACCGCAUGCGACAUGUGCCAGUGCGCGCCAUGCCAGUGCGACAAGAUGGCCAAGGGCUUCCCGUACGAGCUGACCCCCCAGGAGCAGAAGCGCUCCGGCAGGCCCUCCGUGCACAACGCACGCAAGGCGGUCACCGGCAGCAAUGCGCAUGCGGCACACGACUACAAGCUGCACUCCAAGACCCGCAGCGAGGAGCACGGGCAGGUGGAGUUCCGCACGCGCGAGUAUGUGGGCAACGUGCAGCAGCAGGGGGUGGGCAGCGUGGAGGAGCUGUCGGCGCGGGAGCGGGAGAAGCUGGA